AUGGAUGAGAGGCAACGAGAACAAAGACAAAGAAAGAAGAAGAUAAAGCAAAAAAAUUGCAUGAAAAAUGGUAUCAUUAAAAACAAUAGAAAUGAAGACAGAAGCAAAUUUACAAGAGGAAAUCCUAUGAGCGAAGAAGUGCAUCCGAAGCAAACCAAAAGAGAAGAAAUUCACGACCUCAAAGAGGUUGAUCGUGCCGUUUUAUAA